AUGGCGAGGCAGGCGACCGUCGGCGCUGGCCUGAAUCAGCUCGAUUCAAUGAUUGGCGAGAUGUACGACAUCAAGCAGGCGACUCUUCCGACCACAAGGUCAGUGGGACACCGCUCGGCCGCCUCCUUUCUGCUGACCUCGGCGCUCGUGCUGGCGCUCAGCGUGCUGCUUCCCAUGGUCACACACCCACGCGAGCUGCUCGAGGCCGCGGGCUGGCAGCCGUCGGUGUGCGACGACUCAUGCGUGCACGCCAACGACGGCGCGUGCGACGACGGCGGCGCCUGCCGGGACGGCUCCGACUGCGGAGCAUGCGGCGCCCGCGAGGCGUCCCUUCCGGUCCCGAGCUGGGCGGUCAUCGUCGCCUCACUGGUGUCAAUUGCCGUGCUCUCGCUCGGCGUGAGCACGGUGGGCGAGAUGGCGCGGUCUGCUGGCGGCUCGUGGGGGCGCGUGCCGCUGACGGACGCCACGCUGGGCACGGCCGUGCUCAACAAGUUUGCAAACAGCGCGCAGGUGCGCGAGAAGGGGCUCAAGGUGCUGCAGUACGUGCUCAAGGCAGGCGCCUACUCGCGCCUCUUCUCUGCGGGCCUGACGAAGCAGCUCAAGGACCUCUCCAAGGCAACCUCGACCGCGCGCCGCUUCUUCAAGUUUUGCCGCUGGGACCUGAGCGAGGCGCGCGAUCAGAGCGACCGCGUGAUGCGCCUCCUGCUGUAUUUCCGCGUCGCGGCCAACUUCGGCGCCGACUGGGCGGAGGAUGUCUGCUCGCUCGAGCGCGUCGGCAUCCUGCCCGCGGGCACGCUGAGCGUUGAGUUCAUGCUCUUCGCAGAGUACUGCCAGCUCGCGCUCGCCCUCGUCGAGAUCUGGGUCACGUCGGCCCGGGCGAGAAGGGAGGCCGAGCUGUCGCUGCUCGCCGAGGAGGCGGGCGUCGCCGCGCCCAAGCUCCUCUCGCAGCAGCGCAAGCUCGCCCUCGUGCGGCUCGAGCUGGUAAAGUUCGUGUCAGACGUCGGCAAGGCCAUCUUUGACUGCGAGCUCUACUUCGCGCACGAGGGUGUCUUCAUUGGCUGCGCUCUCUUCUCCGGCAUCCUCUCGACGCACAAGAACAUGUUCAAGAUUCUGAAGUCCGGCCGGGCCAUGCGCAUGCCGGGUGGCGUCCUCGCAACAUCUGGAGAGGUGGGCAAGGCCUCUGAGGAGGCGUACGGCGUGCUGACGGUGAGCAGCAAGAUCGCUUCCGCGGCGCCAAAGCGGCGUGCGCGCGGCGGCAAGGCCAGCCGCGCGCGCCGGCUCGAGAACUUCCGGCAGCACAAGGCUGCGGCACCUGCGGCUGCUCUUGCGAUCAAAUGGGAGCAGCUCGCCUCUUGCGUCAGCAACGCGCGACUCUGCGCGACGGCGCGCGAGCGGCCUGGCUUUGUGCAGCGCAACGAGCGGGCAGCGCUGCACCAGGCGGACCCACGGCGUGCUCAGCGAGCCGCGAGCGAGGCGGAGGCAGGCCGAGUGGAAGGGUACUUUGCAAACGGCGCGCCGCGCUGGCGCUGCGCGCUCGGCCUCCCGACGCAGGUCGGCACCCUCCCGCUGCUCCUUGGGUGCGCUGUGGUGGCCCACCGUUUUGACGUGCAGCGGUGGGGCGAGCGGACCUCUCAUGGCAAGCUGUGCAGCGUGGGCGAGCGGGCGUUUGUCGCCGUCUUCCCCGCGUUCCUCCUCCUCGACUGGCAGAUCUGCGACGUCCGCGUCCUGCUGGCGGCUCACCACGUCGUCUGCCUCGCCGGGCACGCCUGCGCCGUGCUCCUGUCGGCGGGCUUCCCCUGA